ACCCGCCCUGGCCCUUCUCUCCCAGGAGUUUCUGAGCCUUCAGCGGCACGCCAGACCGCUCAGGCCGGCGGGUAUCGGGGGGAUUGGUCGUGAUUUCCUCGACCGGCGCAUGACGUGAGGGAAGGCGCAUGAUAGGUCGGGGGUGUCUGGGACGAUGCUUUGGAGAUUACAUGUGGGAGUAGGAGGAGGAUGCGUGUGUUGCAUUUCUGCCACGGCGUUAGCAAAGCGUACAAGAGCUGAAGAGCGAUGGUACUGACGCGAGAGUGCCCGACUCGGUGCUCGUGGGGGCUUCCGUGGGGUGGAGUCCAGCUCGUCUAGUGGUGGUAUAGAUGCAUUAUGCACAGGCGACAAUGACAAGGAGUUGGGGUGGAAGGAUGGUCGACUGGAGAAGAAGAGGCAGUGAUGUGCUCAGCUAUGCACGCCAUCCUUCUCCCAAGAUGCGGUCGAGUUCGUUGGAUCGACCUCUCACGUUACCCUUGAACCCUCGCCCGGGCCCACACAACCCGAGCGCACGGGCGUCAUCCCAGCAGCAGGCAUCCCCGAACUCUAUUAUUCCUCCCAUUGCCCCAGGCAGGCGCGAUCAAGUGGAUGUAUACCUUACAAAUAGCAUCAUCUUGUUCGCUCGCCUCCUCCUACAUGUAUGCCUCAAUGCUGCCAUCUCGUUCGUCCAACGUCCAUGCGAUGAACGAGGGCACCACAGCCUCCGUCAUGAUCCAGCCCUUGCUGCACCGUACAGCCAUGGAUCACUCAUCGCCCGCCGCAAGCUGGCGCACGCUGUUCCCCUUCGUCUCACCAUCGCGCAGAUCGCACCCAUUUGGCCGGUAAUCGCUCGCUCACCACGUGCACUUAGGAGGCCCGAGGCAAGAAUAAGAGAGCGGAGAGGGGUGUUGGUGUUGAUGAUCGCGCUGAUCGCACCCCCUUCGCGCACGCACAGCCGUGUUGGCGGAUUUGUAUAACCGGCGCAUGGCUUACGGAGCGUACUACCGCAUUCGGAUCGAUGCAAGGCGAUCGACCUCGACCACACCCUGUCACGCACUGCACGCAUGUUUGCCGUGACUCUCGCACCAUGUACGUGGAAGUGAAAGACUCUAGUGGUAGACAAGGUAGCCUGAGGUGAUUUGCUUGUCUCUUCUUCAUUUCCCCCCGUUCUGUUCAGCAGACUUUGCAU